AUGCCAAUCCUCAAUGUUAUUACCCCAGUGGCAAACUCCAUGAAAAAGGAGUUGCCAUGCCUCAGCAACGGCCUUUGCUACGAUGUCGGCUGGAAUACGCUAAAGCGGUACUCUUGCACAGACAAGGACUGGAAGAGUGAUCUAUGCCCGAAAUUCUGCGAAGCCGCUUCCCGCGAAGCACCUGCCGAGAUCCGCCAGUGCUCCGGCAGUUCGGACCUCUGGGUCUGCGGCUCCCGAUCAGACGAAUGCGGGAUGGGCAACUUCACACUUCCCAUGGGCCAGGUCGCUGACGGUCGACCAUUUUCACAAAAUGGUGUGCUUCAGGCCGGGACCUGCGUCGCCGACGCACCGAGCUCGGGCGGUCAACAGGGAGGCAGCGGCGUUGGCAGGCCAGGGGGGCCUCCCCCGUGGCUAACUGCGGCAUGCAGCGCAACGACUGUUACCGCGAUACCGACCGCGACUCCCAAUGCCUGUGUUGUCGCUGCGGUUGCGGCUGAUCAGGUGGACGAGGAGCGGAAGAAAAGUCAAGAAAAAGUGGUUGCUGUAGGCGUGGGGGUCGGCGUUGGCGUUUCGGUGCCCCUUCUCGCUGCGCUGGCAGGCAUGGUAUUCUUGUUCACUCGGGCGCGCAAGGAAGCAGCUGCAGCCAAGGCCGCGCUCGCAGACAUCCAGAGCCAGCAAAACCAGCGUGACCGCGGAUCAGAGCUACCGCCGCGCGCCAAGGACCCGAACACGCCUUCGCCACCGCAUAUCUUGUCUUCGCUGCCGCUAUAUGGCAUGACGCCCGCCAUGGAGAAGCACCACCGCACGGUGCAUGAGGCCGAGAGUUUGGCAUUUACCAAUCAACUGGGGACGAGGCCGGAGGAGGUGGCUGUCGUUCAUGAGGCGCCGUCGGGGUCGCCCACUGUCCUUUCUAUAACGCCGUUGUCCGGUGGCACUUCACCGGUCAAUCUUCUAUCGCCAGACAGUGUGCACACUCAGAAAGUCCUUUUUGAGCCCGGGGAGCGGAAUCAUUGGUUCAGAUGA